GUUUCUUUUUUAAAUAUUCAACAAAAAAUGUACGAAAUUACUGUAGUUCCUCUCAUUUCGAUGGAAAUUAAGAUUAAAUUUUGGUAAAACUUUAGACCAUUUAGGAUUCGAAAAAUCCAACCUACAUAGUGUGACGGAAAUAACUCUCAACUUCAAAGGACAUAUCAAAUAAAUUAAAUGUAUCAAAUAAAAACAAAUAAGAAACAAUAAAUGACACAUAAGUGAAAGUAUUUCCAAACAAAAGUAAAGAAAAAUAAACGUGCGGAAUGCCUGAGAAAAGUAAAAAAUUAAAUGGAAAAAAAUAUGAGAAAAUAUUCGAAGAAUUCUUGACGCCAAGUGAAAAAAUAUACGAAAAUAGCAUACUAAAAAAAUUAAAAAAUUUGUUUCUUCGACAAAGAAGAUUAAUUCAGAAGUAGAAAAAACCAACACUUUCAACAACGGGACUAACAGAAACAACAACAACAACAAUAAUAAGAGUAAAAAGACUACAAACAAUCAAGCAAGAAAACAAAAUGGAUUUCCGUUCGACAACAUUUUGGCUAUUUUGGUUGACAUUGCUCAGCAUGCAUCACAAUCAAUUAAAUACUGAUGGCUGUUUCGGAGCGGCACUGCUGCAGCAACACUACCAGCUGCAACAAAUUUCAGCAAUUGGAAGAACAGGAACGGCAGGAACGGAAAUAGCAACAGAAAAUGAAUUAAACAACUUAAAAGCGAAUGCAAUAAUAAAUACCGAAGUGUCGGACGCUGGACGAUUCCAAGGAAAGAGGAAGCAGAAAACGAAAACUGAUGAUGCUGGUACAAAACUGAAAAUUCCGAACACGACUCCCGCAGUAAUAGGCGCCAUAGAGCCAAACACUGAAAACUCAGAAACCACUACAUCUACAACAACAACAUCAGCAACAGCAGCAACUACAAUAGAUACAAGAACUUUAACCAUAAAAGCCACCACAACGGCAACGGCAACGGCAACAAAAUGGUUAAAUGACAAAGAAAAUGUGCAGCAUUUAAAAAAUGCGAAAAACUUCAAAAAUCCAAAAAAUUCUAAAAGUUCUAAAAAUGUUCAUUUUCCAGAGAAUUUUGCUUUGGAUUUUAAAGAGAAUAUGGCAAAACUUUUUGCAAGUGAUGCACCAUUUAAAAAAUAUGGCAACACAUUGAAUAGAACUUGGACUGAAUCAUCAUCAGCAGCAACAAUAGGUAUAGCAUUGCCAGGAGCAGCAAUAGCAACAGCAACAGCAACACCACCAGCAGCAGUACCAGCACCGACAAUAAAUACUAAUGGCAGCAAUAACAGCAGCACAUCAACUGCAACACAUUUUUCUGGACGUCGUCAUAUAAUACCAGAGAAGCUGCUAUACACUAAAGAGAUUAGUCUUAAGCAGGGACGCCUAAAGGGCAUAAUACGUCGCUUUAAUACUUCAACUGGCUUACGUGAUGUUGAUCAAUAUCUGGGCUUGCCUUUUGCUGAAGCGCCUGUAGGCAGUCGACGCUUUAUGCCGCCAGGUACGCCAUUGCCAUGGCAGGACUUAAAAAUAGCACGUCACUUGCCGCCGGUUUGUCCACAAAAACUACCGGAUAUCAAUCCACAGGGUGGUGUUAAAAUGGCUAGUGGCCGGUACAGUUAUCUACAACGUUUGCUGCCAUAUCUAAAGACUGAAAGUGAAGAUUGCCUCUACUUGAAUGUUUACGUGCCACAUAAUGAUGGCCUUAGGCAGACACAAGCAUAUCCUGUGCUUGUUUAUGUGCAUGGUGAAUCGUUUGAAUGGAAUAGCGGAAAUCCGUAUGAUGGAUCUGUGCUAGCCAGCUAUGGGGAAGUAAUCGUGGUGACAAUUAAUUACAGAUUGGGCGUAAUGGGCUUUCUAAAGCCGAGCACAAAUGAAAAUUCGGUGGCAAACUUUGGCUUAUUGGAUCAAGUUGCCGCUUUGCAUUGGAUUAAGGAAAAUAUUGCUGUUUUUGGUGGGGAUAUGGAUAGCGUGACUUUAAUGGGACACAGCACAGGUGCUGCUUGUGUAAAUUACUUAAUGGUUUCACCUGUUGCAGCGGGGUUAUUUCAUCGCGCCAUACUUAUGUCCGGUUCCGCUAUGUCUGAUUGGGCAGCCAACAACCAUUCGCUACAGUUAACUAUGCUAAUAGCCAACCAUCUUAAUUGUCCUUUAAACGAUGACAAUGAGCAGAUGUUAUCCUGUUUGCGUGAGCAACGCUACGAGAACAUACAGAAAAUACCAACAUCGUUUUCGCAAUUCUCAACAACAUUGGGACCAAUUGUUGAUGGCCAUGUCAUACCAGAUCAACCAUAUAAAGUGAUGGGACAAUAUACGGAGCACUUUAGUCGUUAUGAUUUAUUAUUCGGCGUCACGGAGUCGGAGUCAUAUCACACACUGGGCGCAUUAGCACUCAAGGAAGGAUUACGUGAAAAUGAACGUGAUAAUUUAUUGCGUUUCUAUAUGCAGAGCCGUUUUGAUGUUCGUCCCGAUUUGGCGUUGGCGGCCACACUAAAUAA